UCCCCUUUCACUCCGCUCCUCCUCCCUCCCUGAAAGCUCCGCGAAAGGGUGUGCGUUUUGAAGGUUGUAUAGAAGCUUUAACAUCAUUGCAGACAGCACGAGUCUCUACUUCGCUUUGGGGAGAAAUAAAUCAGACAAGUCUGCAGAGCCCAACCAGCACCAUCUCACAAGUUUACCCGUCCUCCUUCCCCUGCUGAGCUCAGCUAAUAAAGGUCUCCGGGCAGACGGUUGAAGAUGCCCUUCACUCGAAUCUAAAAAUGAAAAAGUUUGAUUAUAUUCCACACAUGGUACGGUGGAAUGUGGCAACCGUGUGGCUUCUCCUCAAGGUCAGUAUCUGAGCACCGCCGCCUCUCGGAGGACUUUUUUUCGGGAAGGAGGAAGAAACGAGGAAGGGAUGCUGCCGUCUCCCCUCGGAACCAACAUCUUUCUGCGACUAGGACGCUGUCAGGAGAGCCUCUGACACAUUGUGUCACACAGUGACGGACAAACUUGCGAAACAGCAAACCGUGUGUUUCGGCGGUGACCUCUCUGCCCGGAGGAAAGGAAACUCCUCUCAGCAUCUUGGCGUUUCCUGCUUCCCCGAACAACGGCCUGCGUCGGUGUCGCGGUUUACCUGGCCGCGAGGAACGACGCCGAAGUCAAGCUAGCUAACGUCAGCCGUCAGAAUGUUCUGUAGGUUCGGUUUCAGGUGAACGCUCACACGCUAAAUGGACGAUUGGCUAAUUAUCUCAGCGAAGCGGUGUUCAUCUCAACUUCCCUGAAGUCCCGAGGUGAACUUUCAUAAACUAUUUUAUCAGGAAGAAAAACAAAAAAACCCUGCUUGGGUUGUUUUAAUCAUGCCCGCGAGGAUGAGUUCACGCGCUCCGGCGGGCUUCUGUAGAAGUUUACCGGAACUGGGACUACUGCUGCUGCUGGUGUUUGUCCUGCUUCAGGGUUCCGUGUUCCCCCACGGAGCGGACGCUUCCGCGGAUACCAGCCACCACGGAGGAGACGGCUGCUCCAGCACACACGUGAAGGAGAUCAACAGAACCAAGAAGGCUUUCCCGGUCCUCAGCUUCGAGUACGAACACAUCAAGACUCCCUUUGAGGUCUCAAUAUGGGUACUCUUCGCGUCUUUGAUGAAACUGGGUUUUCAUUUGGUUCCUCGCCUGUCCAGUAUUGUCCCAGAAAGCUGUCUGUUGAUCGUGGUUGGCCUGCUGGUUGGAGGACUCAGCAAACUGAUUGGAGACACAGAAUUACCUAAACUGGACUCUAAAAACUUUUUUCUAGUCCUGCUGCCCCCCAUCAUCCUGGAUGCUGGUUAUUUCUUACCCAUCCGUCCCUUCAUGGAGAACCUUGGUACAAUCCUCAUGUUUGCUGUUGUGGGGACCCUGUGGAACGCCUUCUUCAUCGGGAGCUUGCUGUUUGCUGUGUGUCAGAUUCCUGCAGCCGGCCUGACACACUUAGGGCUUCUGUCCUGCCUGCUGUUCGGCUCUAUCAUCUCCGCUGUGGAUCCCGUAGCCGUACUCGCUGUGUUUGAGGAGAUCCACAUCAAUGAGCUGCUGCACAUCCUGGUGUUUGGUGAAUCUCUGCUCAAUGAUGCAGUGACUGUGGUACUCUACCACCUGUUUGAAGAGUUCUCCGUCUUCGGUCCAGUGACGGUGUUGGAUGGCUUCCUGGGAGUCAUUUCAUUCCUCGUCGUUGCAUUGGGUGGAGUUUUAGUGGGAGCCAUUUACGGGAUUGUGGCGGCCUUCACCUCUCGCUUCACCUCCCACAUGCGCGUCAUCGAGCCGCUUUUUGUUUUUGUGUACAGCUACAUCGCGUACCUGUCAGCAGAACUCUUCCAUCUGUCCGGCAUCAUGGCUUUAAUCGCAUGUGGAGCGGUGAUGCGACCUUAUGUGGAGGCAAACAUAUCUCACAAGUCUCACACCACCAUCAAGUACUUCCUGAAAAUGUGGAGCAGCGUCAGUGAGACGUUGAUCUUCAUCCUUCUUGGUGUAGCAACAGUCGGAGGACCUCACAACUGGAACUGGAUCUUCGUCACAGCCACUGUUUUUCUGUGUCUGGUCGCUCGAGUCAUGGGUGUGGUUGGUCUCACUUUCAUAAUCAACAAGUUCCGUAUCGUCAAGCUGACCACCAAGGAUCAGUUCAUCGUGGCCUACGGUGGCCUUCGAGGUGCAAUUGCCUUUUCACUCGGCUUCCUGUUGGAACACGAGGAUGAAGACAUGAAGCACAUUUUCCUCACGGCCAUCAUCACAGUUAUCUUCUUCACCGUCUUUGUUCAGGGCAUGACGAUUAAACCCCUCGUGGAGCUGCUGGCAGUGAAGAAAAAACAAGAGGCAAAGCGCUCCAUCAAUGAGGAGAUCCACAUCCAGUUCCUCGACCACCUGCUGACAGGAAUUGAAGAUAUCUGUGGACACUAUGGACACCACCACUGGAAAGACAAACUGAACCGCUUCAAUAGGAAGUAUGUGAAGAAGUGCCUGAUAGCGGGGGAGCGCUCUAAGGAGCCACAGCUCAUUGCCUUCUACCACAAGCUUGAGUUCAAACAGGCCAUUCAGCUGGUGGAGAGUGGAGCGGGAGGCAAGCUUUCCUCUGCUCUGCCUUCCACAGUUUCCAUCCAGAACAUCCAACCCAAGAAGCCUCCUCCAGCUCCUGAGACGAGAGAGAGAGUUCUGCCACAGCUGCCCAAAGCCCGGGAGGAGGAGAUCAGGAAGAUCCUCAGGAGCAACCUUCAGAGGACCCGGCAGAGGCUGCGCUCCUACAACCGACACACUCUGGUAGCUGAUCCUUUCGAGGAUGGAUUUAGCGACCUCCUUAAGAAGCAGAAGAUGUUCGAGCUGGAGAAGAAGAUAAAGGAGAUGAAUAACUACCUGUCAGUGCCUGCAGCCACUUCUGACUCUCCAACCCUGCGCAGAGCCAGGCUGGCCUCAGAUCCACAAUCCUAUAACGUGAAGCCAGAUGCCGAUGGUGUUCCAACCAUCCAGGUGGAGCUGGCCUCGCCGCAAUCUCCGGACUCGGUCAACAUCGUCAACAUCGUGGACGAGGUCAAACGGGACAGAGAAAAAGACGAGGACAUGGGCCUCACCAUGAAGCCCCCAAGUGCUCCGAGCAAGCAGGGCGCGGAGGAAGACGCCAAAGAUCAGCAGAAGCUGAUGAGGUGCCUGAGCGACCCCGGGCCCAGCGCAGACGAGGGUGAGGAUGACCCGUUCCUGCCCUAAGAAGCAGAGGGGGCCACAGAGCUCAGGCUGCACGGCUGCAGGGAGGAGCGCCGGGCCUCCAGCCAGAAACGAGCCAAAAACUGCUGGAAGAGCUUGAAGCAAAAAGACGACAAAAAAAAAAAGCAUGUGUGGGAAAAAGAGCCAUUACUUCGUUAAAGUCGUUGCUCUUCAUUUUUGGCAGGCAGGGGGGGGGGCAACAGCCGCUGUCAGAGAACUGAGCCUGAGAAGUUCAGGAAAGACCUAUGCAUUACCAAAGGUUUGGACUGUUGAAGUCUCCGGAGACGUUAUUUUCCGACUGCUUUUACGGUUAUUUUUAAACCUGUCUUGACGGUCGUGUUUGCUGGGAGACGCAGCUGUCUGAAAUAGAAUUGACGGCUUUCAAGCGGAGAGUUUGUGGUUUUUCACUUUUUGUCCGCCACUUUACAAAUGCUGGAUGUCUAGACGUUUAGAUGUAGCUCCUUAAAAAAAUUUGGCCUUAUUUGAUGUCAGAUCUUAUUACUUGGUGCAUUUUUUCUCUGUUAUUUUAAUCCAAUUUCUCUUUUAUGAGAGGGAUGUAGAUCAAAGGGGUGAUUUUUUUUAUUUAUUUAUUUUUUUUUUUUGCUUAUGGAGGACAACUGAUGUUUGUUUAAUGGUAGGCUUAAAGACUCUACAGCCUUGAUCUCCAGCUGUGGCUUUGUUUUAAAAAAAUCCUGCAGUUUUGUAGGAAAUUUGGUGAAUGUUGGUCAGUAAACUCAAACCAAGGAUGGCUUGAUUUGACACGUUUCCUCAUCUGUGUAAAACCCCACUUUUAAUGUUUCUCUUCACCUUUUAAACCUCUAACUUGAGGGAAAAUUUGAUCUUUUUGAACACAGCAUAUUUUUUAAAUUAUAAAUAGUUUGACCCACAAUUAAUAUCAGACACACAAAAUAUUAGAAAAAAGUAUUUUCUUUAGACAGUAGAUCACCUCCUCACUUUCAGAGUCUAAAACUGUAGGCUUGUCGUGGCAAAAAAAACCCUUUCUAUGCAGCACCCUUUUAAAAUCUUUUAUUCAGUCUCGUAUAUCCUUAUUCGAUGCUAAUUUAUUAUUCAAGAUGGGCAUUAAGAGAACUCAGAUUUCAGGAAGGAUAAAUAAAUUUAAAAUUUAGUGGACCUGACGACCAGUUAAAUAAUGUGUAUUAUAGUGUAAAUACAUUUCAGUAAAACACUGUAAACAUUCUGAAUUAAUGAGACGAUCAUAUAGACUACAAAUAUAACCGUUUUUUUCUUAAACAACACCAGGACUCUGAUGAAGAUUUGUUUCGUUUUGUUUGUGAAACUAAACACAAAUGUGCAGAAUUGAUCAUUUUUGACAAAUGUUCUUGUGUGAUGGUCUGAAUUUAAAUAACUCAUAAUUUUUCCACAAACAAGGAUGUAAAGCACGUUAUUAUAUCUAAUAUUAGAGAAGUCACUUUAUUUUGUGAUUUUAGUUAUGUAAUAAGAACUUGAUGAAAAGAUAAACUAUAGGUUCAGCGACUAAACUCAGAACAGGAAAGAAUUCUGUAGUGGGAUAAAAAAGGAGUAAAAACUAAGUGAAUCAGCUCUUAAAAGGCAAAAUAGAAAAUAAAAAAUAUUAUCAUCAGCGUAUUGAUGGCAGGCUGGUGUAGAAAGCAGCUUUAUUUGGAGAUUUAAAAAAAACAAACGUUUUUUUAGUGAUAAAAAACUUAAAACCUCAAUGUAUUUUGACAGUAUAAAGAAUAUAAGCACCGCUCUGUUUUUGUGCCUUUUUUUUUCCUUCUGGGCCCAGGUGCUGCUGUUAAAAUUGAAUUUCACGCCUACAGGUAAUAUCUCACUGAAACCUAAUAUGGCACCAUUCAGAGACCUCUCUCUGACCCGUGUAGACUAAAGUGAGUCAUUGUUCCCGUUUCCUAGGUGUCGAAGACGACUCCGUCUUUCCUGAUCCUCUUAUUUCCAGAGCACUUGGGUUACAGCCGCGGCAUAGUUACCCAGCAGCCCUCAUUUCAUUCUACAAUUCUUUUUAAACGCUCGUGAAUCGUUUUAUGUUUUUUUUUUUAUCGACAUGUGACCAUCCUUCUGGCUUUUAGAAACCUAAUAACAUUUAACUUCCUGUUAUCUGACCUCUCAAGUCUGAAAAGUCAAACAUGAGAGCUGAAAGUUGUCCUAAAAAUCCAUGCUUUAAAGCCAAAAUAUUUGCAAAGAACUCCACCAAAACGUCCUGUUGAAUAUAGCUUUGAAUUUAGCUGCAGCAGAAGAAGACUUGAAGAACAGAUUCCCCACGUGUGCUUUUAGAAAUCAUUUAUUUCAGAUGUGCCAUACGUCUUCUCAAAUGCUAUUUGCCUAACAUUAAAAUGCUCUGAUUACUAUUUUAUUAGGAAUAUUUAUAAACCUGUGUGACUGCAAAGUGAAUCACCCUGAGAACCAGCCCACAAGAUUAUGAUAUAAUCUAAAGCAUUUUACAUUUAGCAAAUAAAUAAAAAUAACAUAGAUUCCAUUGCUUUAUUCCAAAGACUUUAAUUUAUAUAAAAAAGAAAGACGACACUAUUUUCAUACCUUGAUUUUUCAUACCAAAUGCAUGUUUUGGGCAAACAUUCUCAGAAUCCUCUGUAGUAAUGUUUGAUCCACAGAACUAUAAAGCCAUAUAGCCUAUAUAUAUAUAUAUACAUAUAUAUUUAAAAAACAUAGAUGUGUAAAUUAUUAUGCACGUGUCUCACUUUCUUGCCUUUUAUUCCCUUAAUGGACAAAUCAAAUCUAAAAGAUGAGUUAUCUGUUUACUAGUCAAAUAAAUUAUCGAAUCUGUUUAGGAAAAGACACUGGAUUUAUGUUGUAGUUUUUUUAUUUUAUUUCAUAUUAAGGUGUAAAAGAAAAGCAAUGUCUCACCAGCAUUCACACAUUCAUUUAUUCUAUUUAUGUGCUUUAAACCCACCUUGUGGUUUUUCUGUACAGAUUUAUUUUGGGAGGUUUUUUUUUAGGACACAAGUGUUUCUUCCUUCUCUGAUCAAAUACUUGGAUGUAUGUGCUGUGUUAUACAGUUUAAAAAAAGCUUAGAAUAUAUAUUUUUUAAUUCCAUUCGUGAAAAAUCCCUGAAUUUACGUAAGAGGGCUGUAUAAAUAUUUCAGUUAUGUCUGCUGGAUUACUUGAGGUGUAUCUUUAAUUUGAGAGCCACUAGCUAACAAAGACUUUUACAUUUUUUGAUUUUGCACAUUUGUUUUUUUGAGGUUUUUUUCCUGUUGAAUGUUUGUGAGAAACUAAUCAAAAGUCAUUCAGUAAAAGCAUCACUAAAAUAAUUCCUACAAACAAUAUUUUGCCCAUGAAUUUGCAUUGGAAAUGAACAUCUUGCAAGCCAUCAUUUUCCACAAAAAAGCACUUUAAAGAAGCAGUACCUUUUAUCUCGAAAAACUGAUGGUGGAGAAAGCAAUAAAAUGCUUUGAUUCAUCAUCCAGAUGGUGAAUCAGGCGACACACGAAAGGGAAUGGGGGUGGAACUCAUCAUAGGUUUGGUAGAAAUAUUGCUGAAUGUCACGGAAUGGAUCCGAUUCUCCCUUUAAGUCAUUUAGGUUCCUCAUAUUGGAGAGCGUCGGUCAGUUGUUUUGAUGUCAUGAACUUCGAUUUUGCAAUAAUAGAAUCUAAUUUUAAUAAUAAAUGAACACAUUGUAUGUAAGAAGACGAAGCAAAUGUACUGGACAAUAAAGAUGUACAAAUAUUUCCUUACAGGUAAAUCAUUCUCUGUUUUCAGCAUUCCAUUGUAAAGACCAAUAAAGAUAUGUAAAGUAUGAAUGAAACUAGAAAAUUAUUAAAGUUUUACUUUAUAACA